AUGAAUCAUAUGAAAAUAAGUGAAAAAAGGAACCUGAGUGAUGGAGAUCUGAUGUGGAUAUAUGGUGAACCGCUGCUUCGAGCUUCGUCGAUGGUCUGUCAAGGAUGGUGGCAAUCGCGUCAGACGCGGUUUGCAAUUCGAAGGUUUUUGAGCGGCACUGCUGAUGGCAGUCGGUGGUCUGUGAGUUCUUAUGUUUGUGUAAGGUGCAUCGCAAAUCUGCAGAGUCAGAUGUUGUUGUCAAAGAGCAAGACGCGGAGGCAUGUGAAUGAAAUUUAUGUUUAUCGGUUCUACUUCUUUUUUCUGCCUUUCUGCAAACACAACAAGAAAAAGACAAACAAUGAUUGUAGUGUUUAUUGA